UUGGAAUUAGUUUAUCGAAUUUAUUUUGGAUGGUUACCGCUACCUCUCACUGUGAUCGCGCUUUUAUGCGCUAUAUUUUAUAUAUUUAUCGUUUCUCGAGUAAUAAGAAGUAAGCGAAUUGGGCGAAAAUGUUAUGUGAUACUUAUAAAUCGGACAAUUGGUGAUAUUCUCGGAUGUAUUACGGCACUUACCACAUCAUUUUAUGUUUUGAUCUCCAAACAUCCAAAUCGUGAUAUCGUAUCAUUAUUGGAGCUAUUUUUUGUCGCAAGUUUCUGGUCGGGAAUGAUUUCUUAUGUUUCAAUAAGUUUAUUGAAACUCUAUGCUGUAUGGAAACCAAUUGAUUAUCGAGAGAAAAUAACAAUGAAGCGUUGUAUCUACUUGAUUUCAUUAAGUUGGAUUAUCUUCGCCCUAAUGGUCGUUUACACAUUAACAGUGACUGCUCUUACGAAAAUCCCUGUGUUAAACGAAUGGUCUGGAUGCAAGCUAGAAACCUGUCAAAUGUCUAUGUAUCGCUUUCGAAAUUCUAUCACCGUAGCCGUCUAUUUAUUCACUAUUUUUGUUUUUGCUAUUACUGUGACAUUACUAAAGAAAGAACAAAAAACAAUAAAUUCAUUUCGCUCAAAUGGCGAUAUUUCGACAAAAGGGCCACGCUUUCCAUUGUAUAAAUUAGCGCUUAACGUUGCCACAUUUGGAGGUUUAAACAUAUUUUAUGUUAUUUGGUGCAUUAGCAUGAAUGUCACACAUGAUGGUUGCUUUUAUCAAAGGAAUUUCUCUGAAAUGCAAUUAAUACUUGCAUUUGUCAGAUGUACUUUAUUACUGCGUAUUUUCGUCGAUCCAGUUAUUAGCUUCAUUGUCGAUUCACAUGUAUGUCAUUUGAUAAUUUUACUAAAUUCCUUUUGUUUUCGUGAUAAUUAA